AUGGGUUGCAAUCAAUCUAAGAUCGAGAAUGAAGAAUCAAUUAUGCGAUGCAAAGAGCGGAAGCGAUUCAUGAAAGAGGCUGUAUCAACUCGCAACGCCUUCGCCGCCGCUCACUCCGCCUACACAACUUCCCUCAAAAACACCGGCGCCGCCCUAGGCGACUUCGCACACGGCGAGGUUCAGAAUCCUGGAUUAAUACCUACCGCUGCCGGUGCCGGUGCCGGUGCCGGUGGUGCUGAUGCCACUUAUGUACCGGGACCGCCUCAAAAACCCUUCGAGAUCCCUCUCCCUCCGCCUCCUCUUCCGGAUUUCUCAUCGCCUCUUCAGCGUGCGGCCAGUAUGCCGGAAAUCAAGAUCAGUAAGCCCGAUCCCAGGCCGAUGUCCAAGCCGAUUCUCGAGGAGGAGGAAGAAGAGAGGGAGUUGGAGAAUGAAGGUUCUCUGAGGAGAAGAAGAAGUAACAGAAACACUGUUGCUGUUGGUGUUGGUGGUGGAGGGGGUGUGAAUAGUAAUAGACGGUUGGAGGAUGAAGAUGUGGCUCCACCUCCUAUGCCACCUCCUCCGGCGAAGCAACAACCGGUCAGUGAUCAUGUUGGUAAUCAAGGUCAUCAUCAUCAUACCAUGUCUCAACCGCACCAAAACUCAGCUGCUUGGGAGUAUUUUUUUCCACCCAUGGAAAACAUGGCAGGAACAAGCUUGAAUGAGGAGGCUGAAAUAGAACACGGACACACUGUCCAUAAGAUGGAGCAUAUUGCAAGGCCUGGUAGGGUUCAUGUUAUGGAAGAAGUUGUUUCAACUCAAAGGGUUGCUGAUGUUGAGAUUCAGGUUCCUUUGCCUACUCGUGAGCCUGAGCAUAUACCUGAGCCUGAGGUAAUGAUGGACUCUCCCAUGCCAUCGGGCUUGAAGGUGAAGCAGAUGCCCGCCACGCCUCCUCCUCAGAUGGAGGCAAAGAGGAUUGUGAAACAUAGCACUGUUAACUUGCUGCAAAUAUUUGCUGAUCUCGAUGAUCAUUUUCUCAAGGCUUCUGAGAGUGCACAGGAUGUUUCAAAGAUGCUGGAGGCUACUAGACUUCACUAUCACUCCAAUUUCGCUGAUAAUAGAGGACACAUUGAUCAUUCAGCAAGGGUAAUGCGAGUAAUUACUUGGAAUCGAUCCUUUAAAGGAAUACCUAAUUUGGAUGAUGGGAAGGAUGACUUUGACUCAGACGAACAGGAAACUCAUGCUACCAUCUUGGACAAGUUGUUAGCUUGGGAAAAGAAACUUUAUGAUGAAGUUAAGGCUGGUGAGCUAAUGAAAUUUGAGUACCAAAGAAAAGUUGCCACACUAAACAGACUGAAAAAGAAAGGUACUAACUCUGAAGCAUUGGAGAAAUCAAAAGCAGUUGUCAGUCAUUUGCAUACUAGAUAUAUUGUGGAUAUGCAAUCAUUGGAUUCAACGGUAUCAGAGAUUAACCGAUUACGUGAUGAACAACUGUAUCCAAGACUUGUUCAGCUUGUAAACGAGAUGGCCAAUAUGUGGAAAAAAAUGCUAUCUCACCAUGAGAAGCAAUCGGAGACUGUGACAUUGCUGAGAUCGUUGGACCCUUCACAAUCUCCUAAGCAGACAAGUGAACACCAUCACGAGCGAACAUAUCAACUAUUGGUUGUUGUACAACAGUGGCAUUCACAUUUUGAGAUGCUAGUCAACAAUCAAAAGGGAUACAUAAAGGCCCUAACUAAUUGGUUAAAAUUAAAUCUUGUCCCUAUUGAGAGCAGUUUGAGGGAAAAAGUUUCUUCACCUCCAAGAGUUCAAAGUCCGCCGAUACAAGGUCUUCUCCGUGCAUGGCAUGACUGUCUAGAGAAACUUCCCGAAGAACUUGCUAGGACAGCUAUAGGAAACUUUGCUGCUGUGAUGGAUACUAUUUUCAACCAGCAAGAAGAUGAGAUGAUUUGUAAAAGGAAAUGUGAAGAUACUCGAAAGGAGCUUGCUCGCAAAACCAAGCAGUUUGAGGAUUGGUAUCACAAGUAUAUGCAAAGGAAAAUGCCGGAAGAAUUUGAUCCAGAAAAGCCAGAAGAUGCUAAUGCUCCUGAUGAAGCUGUUACAGAGAGGCAGCAUCAGGUUGAACAAGUGAAGAUUAGGUUGGAAGAGGAGGAAGCACAAUAUGAAAAGCAAUGCCUCCAAGUGAGGCAAAAAACUUUGGGAAGUCUCAAAAAUCGCAUGCCAGAGCUCUUCAGGUCAAUGUGUGAUUUUUCUCUUGAAUGUUCUAAAAUGUACAUGCAUUUAUCUUCAAUAUCACAGCACCUAGGCCAUAACUCCUCAUGA